AUGACAAAGGCUCUAAUGGUGAGGUGCUACCUCCUUUGUUUACUAACUCUUGCACUGUGUUGUGCUUGUGGGUUAGUAUGGGCUGAUAGUCCUAAAACUUCUGAUGCCCUUAUUAAAACUUCCACUGUUGGUGUUCCUUCUCUUGUUCGUCGUGCUAUUCCUGCCGAUGGAGAUUGGCUUGUGUGGAAUGUGGAUCAGGAAGAAGAGAAUGAGGAGGAAGUUGCAGAACCAAAUGUUGUUUCUACGGAUCCUGGUGGUUUGCGUUCUUCGCCUAGUAGUACAUCCAUUAAUACUGGUCUCUCAGGUGGUGGUGCUGAUCGUCACGACCCUAAUAAGGUACAAACGCAGGACGGAGUGCAAGUUCUCUCACAACAGAAACCGUUGGCAGAAGAAAACAGACAACUCGGAGGGGAUGCGGGUCACAAUCGACAAACAAAUGAUAUCAACCCGUCAGUUAAUUCAAGGGUAAAUGGUCAAGUGAGUGAUACUCUUUCAGCCGUAUCUCCUUCUGCUCUGGGAGGUCAGCAGCCUGUUUCUCCUUCACCAGAGCCAGAUCCAAAUGGACCAAAAGUAUCCAGUGAACACUCAAGUAAAGAACGACAUGUUGAAGCAUCCACUAAAGACGAUCAUGCUCUUCACCAUGCAAUGAAAUCACGUGAGAAACAACAAGAAGGCACAAACACUCACGAUAAACAAGGCGGAGAGACCGCAGAUACAUCAAUGCCAGAAACUUCUGUCGGGCAAGAGACUUCCGUCACUGUACCUCAGAAUACGCCUGAGGAAUCUUCCAGUACAUCAGCAACACCUAAUGCUGGUGAAUCUGGAGAUGCACAGAAUGAAUCAACAAAUACCCAAAACGCUGAUGUGGGAAGUGGCAACUCCUCAACCACCACCACCACCACAACAACAACAACACUUCCUCCUGAACUCCCAAACAACAAGAAGGGUGAUGCAGACAGCAGCAGCAGUAUCAGCAGUUCUCUGUGUGUGCGUGUAUCACUACUGAUUGUGGUUACACUGGCCUGUAUUCUUGUGUGCUAA